AUGUAUCCAUAUAUUCAUGAAAUUAAAAUACUAUCACUUCAGCGGUUGCCGAACUCGGAGUUAAAGGCAGUGAACCCAGUGGUCAGGAAAUGGCCGACAAUAGAGAGGAAUGAAUUGAUAUAUGUUUGGCACCACUCGGAGGACUCGGAGCCCGACCACUACCCCGAGGACUUUGUUGCCAAAUACGGCCACAAACUAUCACUUAAAGGCUCGCAUACAAGACUUAUGGACAGUAACUUUGAUGUAAACAUAAGUUUAGUUCUUGAGCAGGCAAAAUAUACAUCUCACGAGCAGACGUGUCCAUUCCAUGGCUGGAGGUUUGGCGGAGACGGACAGUGCAAACGCAUACCUAAUCUCAACGACUCGGAGUUAAAGGCAGUGAAAGCAGUGGUCAAGAAAUGGCCGACAAUAGAGAGGAAUGAAUUGAUAUAUGUUUGGUACCACUCGGAGGACUCAGCGCCCGACCACUACCCCGUGGACUUUGUUGCCAAAUACGGCCACAAACUAUCACUUAAAGGCUCGCAUACAAGACUUAUGGACAGUAACUUUGAUGUGGCCACCGAGAACGCUGUAGACUUAGAGCACGUGAAUUACAGACACACAUCAAUCAUUCCAUUCAUAACUAGCUUAAAAUUCUCGUUUGACACGAAGUACGGCUCGGAAAAUGAAAUGGCCGGUAGGCUUACCAUCUGUCUAUUGGGCAUCGAGUUGGUCACUGUACCCAUGAGAUUGUGUCACGUGUCACCAGUGCUGGUGGCGAUGAUGAUUGGUGAGGAUAACGCAAUGCUGGGACCUGUUGAUUCGGAUAUAGUGAUCUGGGUGAAUUUGCAGAAACAAAAGCGCCCGAUAUUUACCCGCAACGACGCGCUAAUUGUCUGCACAAAAUUCUCGUUUGACACAACGUAUGGCUCUGAAAAUGAAACGGCCGGUAGGCUUACCAUCUGUCUAUUGGGCAUCGAGUUGGUCACUGUAUCCAUAAGAUUGUGUCACGUGUCACCAGUGCUGGUCGCGCUACUCAUUGGGGACGAUGACUCAAUGCUGGGACCUGUUUUAGCACUGGCCGCCACUGUACCAUUCGCGCCAUGGUCAAACACUUCUGAAAUCAAUUGUGUACCGCAAGCCAACUAUGUUGAUUCCGGUAUGGUCAUCUGGGUGAAUUUGCAGAAACCAAAGUACCCGAUACUUACCCGCAACGACAAACUAAUAGUCUGGUAUUGGCGCUAUCAUAAACGGUGUUACACUCACAUAAAUUGA